AUGUCGUCGCUCGCGCCUUUCAAGAACUCCAUGAGACUUGGCAUGGGUUUCAACUCAUACACGCAAAACGUCUGCGUUGAUGAUGCUGUGAUUAUCACUUCGACAGUCACAAUCGAGGAAAAGCAAAAUGGCUCUCAGAACGUGACAUAUGUCAGCGACUUCAUAGACAAAUUCAGUGAUAUCACGGACAGCAUGAAUAUCUCCGGAUCCGUGGAAAUCAAAUAUGGGCCCAUUGCUGGAGGGGGUAAAGGAUCGUACCUCGAUGUUGAUAAAUUCAAAGAAAGCGAUAUAAACUUCAUGAUCAAAGUCGAUGUCGUUAACCAAACGAUUGAGACGGACAAGCGUACCACAAAAUUCAACAGAAUACCGAAUUCGAAACCUGCAAACUUCAACGCGGUCUACGGCGACUCCUUCAUCUCAGGUUGGCAGGAAGGCGGAGUCUUCCAUGGGAUCGUGUCAAUGAAGGUCUUGGAUAAGUCGAAGCUGACCGAAAUCAAAGCAGAUGCACACGUGGCCUUGGAAGUCGGUGCCGGCAGCGUGAAAGCCAACGCAGCCGUAGAAUUGGCUAAGAGUAACCUCACGAAAAACACAGAGAUUACCAUCUGGGUUAACUGGUCUGGUGGUGGGCAGAUCAAGAAAGAGGAGGAGCUGUGGACCAUCGAUAGUCUUACAGCCGCUGCCGCACGAUUUCCAGCGCUCGUCGCGAAGACGCCUCAAUAUACGCAUGCUAUUGUCACAAAAUACACUGCAUUGCGAAGCUUCCACGUGACCUUUGGAGAUAUAAGUCCGCUGUCGUACGAGAAUGCUGCAGCUUUCACCAACUUGUUCUUCGUCGAAUACCGGCAGCUUUUCAAGGAGCUAACCCGGGUCUUGGAAGGCGUGUCUCAUGAAAAGAUCGAGUUUGUUCCCACCGACGCCGCUCGGCGUCUGCCGGACGCGUUUGAGGCAUCGAUGGAAGGCUUGCUAGAAGCCCGAAGCGACGCCUUUGCGCAGAUGAACGCAAUCAACACCUUGGUCGAUCAAAUCGAGAUGAAUCCUGCGAUCGUCAAAACAUUCAACAAGAAGAACCCGGCCCCUUAUGUGGAUCCGGUCCACUGGAAACUCAGGAUUCCGAAAACAAGGCCGGUCGCCACCUCUCAGGGCAAGCCGGUGCCUAUUCUCCCACUUAAAGGAGGCUUAGAAUUCUUUGCCCGCGGAGCAGACGGUGGCCUCUGGCACAAAGCAGUUGUGGCGGAUCAUGAGUCUGCGACCGAAGGUCCCGGAAUGUGGAAUUACCAUGGCGACAGUAUCCUCUUGAACAGUGCAUGCGAUCCCGCAUGCGCCAUUAGUGCUACCGAAGACAAGAUUCAACUCGACGUCUUUGUGGUUGGGGCAGAUUCUAAAUUAUACGAGAAGCACCAGGCCAACAACGACCAGUGGACAUCUCUCAAUCUCCUUGAACCCGCCAAGGACCUGUACUUUACCAGCGUAGCUGUACUGGACGGACAAGACCGUGGCGGCGAUCGACUGGAUCUCUGCGCAAUCGGCGUCACUGGGAAGAUGUACUGGGUGUCCCGCCAAGCAGGCAAAUGGAGCAUGAUGCAGCAGCUGGGCGACGCCCGCUUUAUCGGUACUCCGACAAUGGUACUCAACCGCGGCAAUGCUAGUCUCAACAUCUUCGCCGUUACCACCGAGUACGACAUGGCCUUCAACUUGCUUCCCUCCGGUACCGAGUCCUGGAGAACCUGGAGCGUGUUGCCCGCCACAUGGGUCCGACCCGAUACGUACUUCGCCGCGGUCUGGGCGCAAGCGGGUGGUGAUUUCACAACCCAGCUAGACGUCUUCACUAUCGGCAGUGGGGAGGGUUCGUUGUGGGAGUCACAAUGCGUCAAUGACCAAUGGCGUGAUGGGACGGGAUCUCAUUUGUCCCUCAACAAGAGCCAAGCACGAUCUUCGAUUGCAGCUAUUUCGUUGGGCCCUGGACGCGAAGAGCUCUUCGUGGUCGCUGAAAAGGGCGCCUUGUAUCAAAGCACUUGGAAUCGCGAUGCAGGAACCAGCUUUGAGAAUAGCUGGAAGAAGAUCGCUGAUGGACCGUUUCGCUCAACGCCCGUCGUUGUAAAACCAGGCAACCAUCUCGAAGCCUAUGUGGUGGAUGCGUCUGGUAAGCUGGUGCAGCUAGUCUUGACCGAGGAUGGAUGGGGUAGCGCCAAUCGCGUGUGA